AUGAAGAAUCCAAUAUUUUCUGAAAAGGGUAGUUCGAAAGUACCUCAGCAUACGUUACUUCAACAACAAAAACAAAACUAUGAUCAAAAAUAUUACUCUCCAACUGAGUUAGAUAUAUCCAAUAAAAGAAAUAAGGCUAAUGAAUAUCAUUCACUGUUAAAUCGUUUACCCACUUUGGGGGAAGUCCUUGCUAGAAAGACACAAUCUCCGGUAGAUCUUGCGUCUUUCUACUUAUUCAUGCAAGAACAUGAGGGUGCAAUUGAUUACUUGGACUUUUGGCUAGAAGUAAUGCAUCAUCUUACGUUAUGUAAACAUUAUGUGAAAGGACUUCGUGAAAGUAUUAUAAGGAAUAGUGUAGCACAUCAAAACCAACAUAAUCAACUGAUACAACAUAAUACAGUGGAUGAAAUAAAAUAUCAAUCACCAACUAUCCCUGGUACUUCAAAUUUCAGAAAUUCUCAAACAUCAAGUCAAAGACAUUCUAUCCCAUUACUGGAACAAUCAAAACAUAAAUCUCUUUCAUCGUCAUUACUUCUUGAAAUGAUUAUCAAUGAUCAUGUAUUAGAAGAUACAGAUUCACAUAGAUUAUCACAAUUCUUGAGAGGUGAUCUUUCAUUCGAUAAUAAUGAUCCUAGAAUUAAGGAACUUAUUGAAGAAUAUAAUCGUGAUCAUGCCAAUGAACCAUUACCAAACCCACAAUCUGCAUCUAAUCCAAUGGUUCAUGAUUAUACUAAUGAAGUUGAUUUAUCAGCCAUUUUAGAUCAAUAUCCCCAACGUAGAAUAACUUCAGGAACAAAUUUAUUAGAUGGAGAACAUGUUGAAGAAUUCACUGAAUCAGGCCAUAUAGGAAGAGCAAAUGUAGCAUCAUUUUCUUCCAAUCCAAAGUAUGUACUGUAUCAUAGUGCAACUGGUAGUAACAUCAACGCUGAGAAUCAUCCUACCCCUACAAAUCCACCUAAUAUGUACAAAAACACUAUAAAUCCAUCAUUUUUGGAAAGACUUAUAAAAGAUUCUAAAAUGAAUGUACCAACAAAUAAUUCAGAUGGUUCAUUUGUUACAAGGGAAAAUUUAAGAGAAUCCUCUCAUAAUCUUCUUUUAAAAUAUUUUGUUGAAGAUGCAGAGAAAAAAAUUGUCAUUCCACAAGAUUUAAAUAAAUUCAUUGUGAAUGCCAUUGAAAAGGAUGGAAGAGAUGAUCCAGAUGUUUUUGGAGGAGUAAGAGAUUAUGUGUUCAAAUUAAUGGAAAGUGAACUGUUCCCAAAGUUUUUACAAACUGUUGCUAUUCAAAAUGUAACAGACUUCUCUGCAAAGGUACGGCUCAUUUCGGGAUUAAUUUUAUUAUUCUUUGGAUUAUGGAUUUCUUAUAUUCUACUUUUCUUGGAUUAUGCAAAGAGGAUACGAGCAGUUGUGGUGGUACCAUUUUUAAUUGCAUUUUAUUUGAUUGUUUCAUCAAUUUAUUAUAUUGAUCCAAUCCUUGUAUUUUGUGGAUUCAGUGAAUCAUUCGAUAGGGAUAGAAUAUUAAUUAAAUUGAGGGAGAGGUUUGUUAGAGUCUUGUUGGUUAAGAGAUCAUUAUGGGUAUUAUUCUUGAUAAUACUUUCAACAUUAGUUUUAACAUUAAUUUUUAGUUUAGUACCCGGGCACAGACUCUAA